AAAACAACCCGGUCAUUCUUUAUAAUCGUCCCAAAUAUCGUUCAGAGCUUCCUAUUAGUCCAAUACCUUCCUCUUCAAUCUCAUCUCUCCACCAAAAUCAAUCCAAGAUGUACAGAUUGCUCCCUCAGCCCAAAACUCAGCACAACAAUGGCGAUAAUGAAACCAGAAAUUCCUCUCCUUCCCAUCUCCCCCAACCAGAAUUUUUAAAAGAUGCCAUAUUUGCCGCAGGCAGUUUCUGGGAGCUGGAAGCCGCCUUCUGCCGCACGGAAAGCGGCGUGGAGAGAACCGCGGUUGGCUACUUUGGAGGAAUGAUUGCUAAGCCAAAUUAUAAACAUGUAUUGGAAGAGAAAACAGGACACACAGAGGCUGUGCAGGUGACUUAUGACAGGAGGAAGACAACAUAUAAAUCACUCUGCAACUUCUUCUUUCAAAACCAUGAUCCCACAAACAAAGAUUAUUUGAGAUUUGGAGCGAGCACACACCAUCGAUCAGCAAUAUUUUACAGAACGGAGGAGGAGAAGAAGCAGGCGCAGGAGUCUAAGGUUGAGCAGCAGAUGAAGCUGAACAGGAGAAUAGUGACCAAAAUCAUUCCUGUAUUAACUUUCUACUUGGCAGAGAGCCGAAAUCAAAAAUAUUAUUUGCAAGAGCACCAGCUUCGCUUGUGUGAAUGCCUCUGCCUCCGCAGUGCGCAGCAGUUUGCGGAUUCUUAUCUUGCCUUGAAGCUAAAUGGAAUAUUUAGCAUGGACAAGAAGAAAGCAGAGGAGAAACUAUCAAGUUUUCUUUCGAAACAUCAUGUUCCUGAUCAAGCAAAGCUUGCUUUGGUACAAAUUCUAAGCGACUUGCAGCUUUCGAAUGCUUUGGAGCAAUGGAUUUAAGUUGUGUAAUUGCAUGCCAAUGGAUAUCCAUAAGAAAAUCCUUUGGAAAGAGGAAGAGAUGAACCAUUCAUUUGGCUUUAACAAAUGACAUUUUUAAGCUUUAUUUUUAGGAGAAAUGGUAGGAUGCACGUAUUUUAAAGAAGAUAUUUUUAUUAAUGGAUCCUGUUGUGGUUCAUGCAACAGUUCAUUAGGUGAAUGCCACAGAGGACG